GCUCCUGGAAUUGCAGAUUAGACUACAAUUAGACUAAUUGUGAUCUGGGCGUAGAACAGCUGGUAGGACCGCCUUUGGAGUGAAUGGGCGGGUCCUCUUCUGGACCGCCAUCAUUCUAGAUUAAAGAAUCUCCGCCGGCGGCACUGCUUCGUGGCGGCCUUCUCGCUCACAGUACGGAAGUAAUCUUCUCCUCUUCAACGAAGUAUUGAACCUUGAGGAGUGAAAUAGCUGAGUAAUCUGAAACGUUUUCUCCAAAAUGAAUUUUUUCCUGGAAACACUCAAAAUAAUCGUGCUGCAUAUAUAUAAUCUGAUGGAGUAUUUCUUAUCGUUUAUCUAUUCACGGAAGAAAAAUGUUGCUGGUGAAAUAGUGCUUAUAACUGGAGCUGGAAGUGGAAUGGGAAGGCUGAUGGCUUUAAAAUUUGCUCAACUUGGAGCUACUUUAGUUCUUUGGGAUGUUAAUCUGGAAGGAAUCAAAGAAACAGCUAGAUUAGCACGUAAAAUUGGGACUGUGAGAGUACAUGAUUACAUUUGUGAUUGCAGCAAAAGGCAAGAAAUCUAUCAAGUGGCAGACCAGGUGAAAAAGGAAGUUGGUGAUGUUGGUAUCCUGAUUAAUAAUGCUGGCAUCAUAACGGGAAGAAUGUUUUUAGACAGCCCCGAUAUGCUUCUAGAGAAGAGUAUUCAAGUGAACACAAUGGCACACUUUUGGACUGUCAAAGCCUUUGUUCCAGCCAUGGUAGCCUCUAAUCAUGGACAUGUGGUGACUAUUUCAAGUGCAGCUGGCUGUUAUGCUGUCAACAAAAUGGCAGAUUACUGUACAAGUAAAUUUGCAGUUCUGGGUUUUGCUGAAUCUCUAGCUUUAGAGAUGAUGGUAAUGAAAAAGAAUGGUGUUAAAUCUACAAUUGUCUGUCCAUAUCUAGUGAACACUGGAAUGUUUGAAGGCUGUAAAACAAAGUGGUCUCAUUUCCUACCUAUUAUAGAUCCAGAAUAUGCUGUAGAAAGAAUUGUGUCUGGGAUACUCCGAAAUGAACGAUAUAUCUUUAUACCGCGAAGUCUAUACUUGAUUAAUGUAAUUAAAAGCAUUACUCCUGCAAAAUCAGCUGACCUGUUUUAUGACUAUUUGGGAAUUUUACAAGUUAUGAAUAAAUUCAAAGGUCGGACAGAGAAGACUGAUGAUUACAAAUAUCAGACAAAAUCAAUAAAACCUCCAGGUUCCCUUGACUGAUUAUAAACCGAGAAGCCAGUAUAGAGAACUUUCAGUUUACACUGUUGUAAAGGGUACACUUAAAACAACAGAUCUGAAAUGGCUUAUUAGCAAAAGUGAAAUACUGGGAGCAGGGUAUGAUAAUUUUAACUACCACUCUUUUUACAAUUGCUGAAAUACAACCUAAUAGUGAUGCUUUAUUUCAAUAAAAUUACUUAAUUAUAUGAAACCAAUUAUUUUUUUGUGGACUGUUAGCAAAACAAGAAAAAUAGUAAACUAAUAGUAAACUAAUGAUAUACAAGAUGAAGGUGCCCAAGACCUAGUUGAGUCUAAUUACCCCAUUCUAACCAGGAGAUUGUGGUUUUUCACUUUAGAUGAGAAGAGGAAGAGGUUCAUAUGACUGCUGCCAAAAGGCCCAGAUAUUAUUUCAAAGUUAGGUUGUUAAUCCCAACCCAGACUGACAACAACUGCCCACCUAGAAAUUGAGUAGGAACAUCUUGUGGGCUCUGGUUUUCCAGACUGCAGUAGAAAAAUCUUAGCCUCAAUGUACCCAGCCACGACAAAAUUCUAUCAGUUAACUGGGCAUUUUAGGUACAAAAUAAAGACACUUGUAGCACCAGCAAUGCUUUUGAGUUCCAUUACUGUUUAGAUUUUUCAUAACCAAGAAUAUUUAGACCUGUGCUUAGAUAUGUCUUGGUAAGAAUCACAGACCUUUAUCUAAUUGAAUUAUCUAGUUUAAAAUACAAUUGCAAAAAACAGUAUUUUUAAUAUUAGAAAUUUAAAUUGUGUAAUGUAACAGUCUGCAAUCAACAUUUUCUUUAUUAACAGCUCCAGCAUUCCAUAGAGAACUUCCAUGCAAAUAUUAUCCAGGCCUGAUCUUAUUUAGCAUCUAAGUCCAGAAAUAUUACCUAGGUGUUACACCUAAAACAGGCAUCAAGGCAACUUGAGUUGUAAUAAACUUUAUGUUUUUUAAAUUUAGUAAUUUAAACAUUGACAAUGCUGUGAGAAUACCUUACUAUUUCCUGCAAUGAAUUACAUAUAUCAGUAUAACAUUGUCGUAUUUCUAAUAGCAUUUGAAAUUACCUUAAUUAUGUAGAAGACAAAUAUAUUUACCAAUAACAAUUUAUUUUAGAAAAAAAGAUGAAGCUGUUUUCCUACAUGAAAAACUUAAUCGAUCCAAAUUUUCUUUUCUUGUAAGAUCAAGAGGCAAAUAAUAUAAUUACAUUGACAAUAUAUUAAUUAUUUGUAUCAUAAAAUCUAAGUCCCUACUCGUGCAGAAAAUCAAAUUUCAGCAUUUAAAAUAACUCUCAUCUAGCUUGUUUCAAUAUAUCAAAUAAAGAGGUGCCUACCAGCUCACUAGUUAAUUGAUUCAAAUGGGUUUUUUCCAAGAUUCAUUCAGUUUUUGUUUUUCUCUAUCUUAAAUCCAUUUCAUGAUAGCCUAUAUCCAGUGGUGGGAUUCAGCCAGUUUGCACCAGUUCGGCAGAAACGGUAGCUAAC